GCCAGACGGAGCACCGCAGUGCUCCAGAACGCACGUUCCUGUGUCUUCUCGCUUCCCGCUUCUCGCUUGUCAUCUCAAUUUGUCGUUCUCACCUUUUUCCUUAUGUGCGAGAAUUCAAGCCGUUCGAAUCGUAUAUUCAUUUUUCCCUGAGGACAUCAAAGAUAAAAGCUUUCCAUUCUAUUCGCUCCUAUUUUAUUAUGUACAUUUAGUUCUGUGAGGCAAGUUUAUGUAGUUUUUCAAAGUGCAGUUAUCGAAAAAUAGCCAAGAUUUGACGGUUUAACACACUCAGAUAUUACAACUUUAAAGGUGAACAAGGAGUGCUAUGUGAAUACAACAAUUGACUUAAACUCUGUCAAACCCCUGUUGCAUCCAAUACCUCUCACACUUCCAGUUAUUCCGCAGAAAAAAAUAUGUGGGAGAUGUUUAUACAAUAGAAUUCAUUUAUUUGCCAGAUUGUGAUUUUUAGUACGAGGAAAAAAAUUUGGUGAAAUUGUGGGAAAAUAAUUGGGGACACGAUAAAAACAGUAAUAGAUUGAUGUAUAUGGGAAUUAUCGAAUUCGUGGAGAGGAAGGGCUAUAUGGACUAUUUUCCAAGUGCCAAAAGUGAGUGUCCUAUUUGAGGAACGUGUUAAGACUGUUUAGAGAUACGUGGCAUGGAUUUUCAAAGCGCUAUGGAGACUUUUGCAGAGGCAUGGGUGGCUGCUAACACAAAAACAGACCCAGUGCAGAGCCAGGCGUUAGCUUUGACACACAAGGUAUCGCCACCAUCUCGACCAUCGAGUAUAUCUCCCAUACCGCGGAGUCCACAAUCACAUCAGUCUCACCCAGCACACGCGAUAUGCAGCCCAACCCCGCGGCCAGCAUCUGUUCACCAUGCGCAGUUGCAUCAAGUCUCCUCUGCUUCUCUCAUGACCACGAGUUUUCAUCAGCAUUCUCAACCUCUUACUACUCAACAAAUAUCGCAGCCAUUUGGUAUUCAUCAUCAUCGAAAUCCUAAGCAAGAAACUGACUCAAGCAGUCCAAAACCUGAAGGUUUCGAUCUCAGCAAAGGUUCGACGGUAGCUGGCAAGAGUCCAGUGCCGGUUCAUUGUGUGGUAGAAUCUAUCCACAGCAUAGUGGAGCUACGAACAGCUGGAGGAAGGGAAAAGUGGCAAGGACCUCAUCUGGAAACUGAUACAUACGUUAUCAUUCCAGCUUCUGUUCCAUUUCAGGACUUAGUAGCUGAAGCCUUAGUACGUCUUGGCUACACUACAGAUCUUAUUCCCAGCGCUCGUGGCAGUAUAAUCGUAAAAAAUUGGCGACCUUUACCGGUGGAAAAAGUGGCCGACGAACCUACCCGCACCGUUGCUGAAAUCCUCGCAGAGUUAACAACAGUGGCAACCCUAAAGAUACAAAUCUACAGAUCAAGACCACCGCCCCCCAGUCCAGCUGCCGAAGUUAGAGAUAAACUUCUGAGGCUUUUACUACUUCACAGUCAUGCACUUCUUGUCUCAGCAGGAUGUCCUCUAGAUGAGAUGACCUUAUCUUCAUUGUGCAGAGGUGGCAAUGAGCUGUCUGAUGAAACCAGGCGUAGCUUUGAAUCAUGGUUGCAGCAACAGCAACACCAAAUGGCUGCGCUCGGAGCAAAUUCCAUAAUUACUUGCGCUAGUAAUAAUCGGCAAAUACAUAAUCAGAGUCCAGGGAUGGAGUCCAGCGGUACUGGAGGGACUGGUCCUCAACACCCUGCGAUGCUGCCUUAUUCGCACAAAACUAGAAUGAGAACAAGCUUUGAUCCGGAAUUGGAGUUGCCCAGGUUGCAGCGAUGGUUUGCGGAAAAUCAGCAUCCCUCUAGACAGCAGAUACAGCGUUAUGUAUCAGAGCUGAACUCACUGGAGUCGAGACGAGGAAGAAAGCCACUUGAUGUUAACAAUGUGGUUUAUUGGUUUAAGAAUGCUAGAGCUGCACAAAAGAGAGCGGAAACAAGGGGGAUCAAUGGGUAUAGUCCACCUGGACUUAGUCCUAGGGGAGCUAGUAUUGCCAGUAUCGAAGACUGCUCGGAUGAAGAAGAGGACUUGAGGCAUCAGUCAAACUCAGCAUCCCCUUGUCCAGUCGGAAGUCCUCCAGUCAUCGUCCCCUUAUCGCUGACCGCACGGUCUGAGGAUCAACGUCUAAUGAUUCCAACUUCAACCCCAACUUCUGCAACAACAACGUCAGCUCCGUCGAUGAAACCGGAGGACGAUACGGCAACAAGGGUAUCAUCUGGUUCUGACGACGAGGAUUCACCAGGUGGUGUGCCAACUACUCCACUACCGCCUGGGUUUUCACUGGUUCCCAGCCCAAUGUUUGGUCACUCCAUCAUGUAUAUGUCACAUUAUCUGCCCACCAGGAGUGGACCCGUGGGGUGCCCAGCCAGUAUGUUGGAUGAAAGACGAAAACGUAAUCGCACAUUUAUCGAUCCCGUUACGGAAGUUCCGCGACUGGAGAAUUGGUUCGGACAUAAUACUCAUCCCAGUCAUGCGUUAAUCUUAAAAUACACAGAAGAGUUGAAUCGCAUGCCGUACCGUCAGAAAUUCCCUCGUUUGGAACCGAAAAACGUGCAAUUUUGGUUUAAGAACCGACGCGCUAAGUGUAAGCGUCUGAAAAUGGCACUAUUUGAGGGUGAAUCGCCGCAACCUCAUCCCUACGCUCAUGCAGACUAGUCAUCAGUGGCAUUGUCACAACUAUUAAGGCAUUGCUUCACAAGAAACAUUCCUGUAGCCACGAUACAUGGUGCUUGCCUCUAUCACAAUUAGAGGAUAUAACCAUAACAAAUAGAAGAUAACCACAAUACGCGUUGGAAAAAGUGAGAUUGGAGAGUAAUUUUGCUCCCAUAGGUAACUAGUCCUAUCAAGAAUCACGAGGAAAUAAUCAAUACAUCGAACAAAAAAGAUGUAAAACGACUUGAUACGCCAAUAAAUGUGGGACUUCGAAA